AGUACCUAAAUGGAGCGGGCGGGGCGGAAAGGCGGUGCAGGUGUUGCGUUGAAUGCGAAUGUGGUCGGUGCUUUAUGAUAAUGUGAGUUGCAGGUGUUAUUUUACUGUACAUUUGUUAAUAAUGGCGGCUAUAAUGCCGGAUUCUGACAGUGAAGAUGAGUUGCCGCCAGGCUGGGAGGAGAGGGCGACAGUGGAUGGCAGCGUGUAUUAUGUUAAUCAUGCAACCAAAGGAACCCAGUGGACACAUCCUCGGACUGGCAAGAAGAAGGUUGUGUCAGGAGACUUACCUUUUGGCUGGGAGAAGUGUGUGUCAGAAGACGGGAAGGUCUUCUAUGUGGAUCAUGCCAACCGCCGAACAACUUACAGUGAUCCCCGCCUGGCAUUUGCCACCGAAGAGAAGGAACAUGCACAGGACUUUCGUCAGAGGUUUGAUGGUUCUACGAUGGCCCUACAGGUGCUGCAUGGUCGCGACCUGGCAGGCAAGGUGGCAGUCGUAACAGGGUCAAACACAGGCAUAGGAUUUGAGACUGCACGUUCUCUGGCACUGCAUGGUUGCAUUGUGGUGUUUGCAUGCCGAGAUCUCAACAGAACUCGGGCAGCCAUUGGCAAAAUCAAAGAGGAGAGGCCAAAUGCUACAUGUGAUAUAAUUGAGUUGGACCUUGCAAGGCUACAUAGUGUUACAAAAUUUGCUGCAAACUUCAAGCUUAGAUACAAGAAACUGGACAUACUGGUGUUAAAUGCUGGUGUGUUUGGUCUGCCCUUCACUGUCACCCCUGAUGGUUAUGAAACUACAUUCCAGGUGAAUCACUUGAGUCACAUGUACCUGACACUGCUUGUUGAACCUCUUUUGGGGCAGGGUUCAAGAGUUGUCAUCGUUUCUUCAGAAUCACAUAGGUUUGCUAAUCUGAGCAGUACUACGCUUAGCCAGACAGCACUGUCACCAACGUCGGCAACACAUUUCUGGUCCAUGAUGGCGUACAACAACUCUAAAUUAUGUAACAUCCUGUUUGGGCUGGAACUUGCCAGAAUGUGGGAAGAGAGGGACAUUAUUGUCAACACCCUUCAUCCUGGAAACAUGGUCAGCUCGAAUCUGAAUCGUAACUGGUGGUUUUACCGUUUAGUGUUUGCCAUUGUACGACCAUUCACAAAAUCUCUGCAACAAGCAGCAAGCACAACUGUGUACUGUGCAACUGCACCAGAGUUGGAAGGUGCCACAGGACUUUACUUCAACAACUGCUGCCGUUGUGAACCUAGCAAGGCAGCCCAAGACCCAGAGCUGGCCCAAGUUUUGUGGCAGUUAAGCAUGAGCAUGAUUCAAGCCGUCAUCAGUCCUGAUGGAGAAUGUACUGCUGCAGUUGAUAUUUAGCAUAAUUUAAUACUGGGUACCAAGAACAUAUUUACUCUAAAAUGAAGUCCAUUUCUAUAACAUUUUCUGACUGUAGAGAGACCCCCAUUUAAGGUUUGAGUAUGAAACUGAUGAAAUUUCCAGGAAACAGAUAGAACUGACAUGCCUCAACAAACUGUGGUGUGCGAAGUGUAUGACAAAAGAAAUGUGAGAAGACAGAGAAAAGGAUGGAAUCAUAAAUGAGGCCAGAGUGCUUAAUUCUUGGUGUGAUGAAGAUUUAAAGGGGGAUAUUUAACAAUGAGAUUAACUGGGACUAUUGAAAUUAAAGGAGGGAAAAAAGGCAGGGCCAUAGCUCAAGCGGUUAGUCGCUGGCUUCCCACUGUGGCGGCUCGGGUUCGAUCCUGGGUCUGGGCAAG